CACGGACUUGUUUUGAAAACGCACCGAAAAGCCCGGGUUGAGAGGAGCAUGGAGGAAAAUGAGGGCAAGCAACCGACCCAGUUCAAUGCCCUAACCAGAUAACUAGGUAAUGUGGAGGAGCUUGUUGCUGAGGGGCAGCACCUGUCUCUUGCAGGUGGCAGCCCCAAAGAAUCUCCAUCAAAAACACUUAAGGUCCCUCAGUGUGAGACUUCUCACUCAAAGGCUCCUUCACAGACCUCCAUGUGGUUUAGACCUUCUUGGGAAAAGCUACUACCAAGACUACCUGACACCCAGGUGGACCAGGGCUUAUAAAAAGGAUGCCAAUUCUACUGUAGAGUUUCCUGUGAGCCCCAUCACAGUCACAGAGAUCAAACAGUAUCUGCGCUCCAAAGACGUUCCCUUCCACGAUGGCUACAGCUGCUUCCACAUCCCCAGCAUCUUUGUGGAUCCGACUGCCCGGAGGGACAGCUUCUCCUUGUUCAUUGACAAAACCACCGGACAGUUUCUGUGUAAAGACACACUGGUGGGUGGGAGCUGGGAGGAUCUCCAGGACUGCCUGGAGGUGAUGCAGAAGGAGGAGCAGGACUUCCUCAGCCCUCAUGUGCUGCUGGGGUACCCAGAGAGUUUGGAGGAGCAGGAGGAGAGGGAGAGAGAGCUGAGGGAAGUGCAGAGGAUCUGGUCCAGCUCUGUGCCCUUCACUGACCUCCCUGAGGAUGAGGUUCAGCUGAUUAAAACCAUGUUCCAGAUCACAAAGGUCUCUAAUGCAACACUCAAGAAGUUUGGCGUGAGGCUUUUUAAGCCUACCAAGAGUCUGGUGUUCCCCUGGUUUGGGGGACCUGACUCCUCCUUAAAGGGGGUGAAGCUUCUCUCUGCCCAAAGCACAGACACAGACAAAGUUACUUAUAAUGAAGCUACAGUUCCAAAGUCUAAUUCUUACUACAACCUGUUUGGCCUCCCCCUGGUGGGCCGUAUGGAUGCGGAGGUGGUGCUGACUGGACAUGAGCUGGACACUCUGGCUGUGAGCCAGGCCACAGGACUCCCCAGCGUGGCUCUUCCACGUGGGGUCAGCUGCCUUCCACCCAUCCUGCUGCCUUACCUGGAGCAGUUCAAUCGGGUGACACUGUGGCUGGGAGGGGACAUUCGCUCCUGGGAGGCAUCAAAGAUUUUUUCACGCAAGCUGGGUCUGAGGCGCUGCUCGCUGGUGCGGCCAGGGGAGUACCGCCCGUGUGCCGUGGAGGCGCUGGCCCAGGGGAAAAACUUCAGCCACAUCAUCAAAUCCUCCAUCCCAGCGGCCCAUAAGUCCAUAGUGUCCUUCAAGCAGCUCAGAGAGGACGUGUAUGGGGAGCUGGUGAACACAGAGCAGGUGGCUGGAGUGAAGUGGGCGAGAUUUCAGGAGCUCAACAGGAUCCUGAAGGGACACCGCAAGGGGGAGCUGACCGUUUUCACAGGUCCUACUGGCAGCGGGAAGACCACCUUUAUUAGUGAGGUUGCCCUGGACCUUUGCAUGCAGGGCGUCAACACGUUGUGGGGUAGCUUUGAGAUCAACAACGUGCGUCUGGCAAAGAUCAUGCUGACGCAGUUUGCCAUGCAGAGGCUGGAGGAAAACCUCGAGCAGUAUGACUUCUGGGCAGACAAGUUUGAAGAGCUGCCGCUCUACUUUAUGACUUUCCACGGGCAGCAGAACAUCAAGACAGUGCUGGACACUAUGCAACAUGCUGUCUACCUGUAUGACAUCAACCACAUCAUCAUCGACAACCUGCAGUUCAUGAUGGGGCAGGAAAACCUCUCAGUAGACAAGUUUGCUGUCCAGGACCACAUUAUUGGAGCAUUCAGGAAGUUUGCCACCAACAGCAGCUGCCAUGUCACUUUGGUCAUUCACCCCAGGAAAGAGGAGGAUGACCGAGAACUGCAAACCGCAUCCAUCUUUGGUUCGGCAAAGGCCAGCCAAGAAGCCGACAACGUCCUCAUUCUGCAGGAGAAGAAGCUGGUGACGUGCCCCGGCCGCAGGUCCCUGCAGGUCACCAAGAACCGUUUCGACGGAGACGUGGGCAUUUUCCCUCUGGAUUUCAUCAAGUCGUCGCUCACUUUUGCAGCUCCCAUCAAGGGCAAGCACAAGCUGAGGAAGGUCACCGCCAAGCCAGAAAAUGAGGAGGUGGAGGGGAGCGAGGUGGUGGUGAAGAAGGAAGAGGUUAAAAAAGAGAAGGCAGAGAAAGUGGCCAAAACAACAAAGACUCCACGGACCAUUAAGAAACCUGCAACUGCCAAUGAAAGCAUACAGAAGUAACUAUAAUAUAGUAUAAUUCAUAACCAGUAAUAGAUCAUGUCGGUCAGUUUUACCACAUUAACAUUUAAAUGUUUGAAGCCAUAGAUGUUUGACAGUUUUAUGUCCAAAACAACAGGUUCACCUAAAGCUGAAUAUUAAGUAUGUUUAAGCAGUGAAAAAUGAGCACUGAUUGUACUUCACAAUGAGAGUUUAUCCAAAAAUCAUUUGAGGUUAGUAAACAUUUAUUUCACUAAGGAGCAAAGUAUGUACAGGUAUGUUUCAACCAGAAUGUGAAAUAAUGAUGGUAAAGUGUUAAGUACAUGUUAAGCUUUUCUAUGGAAGUACUACUGUAUAUCAAGACUGAGUUCUCAGUUUAAAAUGUUGAUAAAAUACUGUCCUUCAAUUUCACAAAAAAAUACUGUGACACCAAGACCUGGUAAUGUUACAGUACUUCAUGGACACACACUGUUUGCUAGGAUGAUAUAUGCCCAUGCAUAUCACCAUUGUGGCCGUUUUGUACAAUGAUGAUUUAUCAAAGGAGCUACUUUUUUUAAAUAAAAUGCUUGUGAUGCAG